GCAAACUCAUCGCGGUUCGUUUUAAAAAUUGGCCGGCUCGCGACGCGAUUUUCCGGUUUGGUGAAAUUACUUCCAGUGUUCUACUCCAAUCGCCCAGCAAAAUGUUCUCCUUCCGACGGGAAAUCGAUUUCACCGGAUACACUCUCAUCGUACCUUCGGUUAGUGUCGGGAACGUUCCGCAGCUAGCCGUGGAUGUGAUCAUAGAAACGCUGAAACUCGAACCGAUCGGCCAGCUGUGGCAUCCUGCGCUCAUUCCGGUCAUCGGUGCCCCUGCCUUCGAACACGAACCGGUCGACUUUGUGUCCACCUCCGCCGAGCUGUAUCUAUCGGAGGAAAAGCGUCUCGCGGUGCUCCAGCUCCGGGCACCGCUUGCUGGGAACGCACAGCAACGAGCAUUCCUCGAACAGUUGGCCGACUUUGUACGGGAUCGUCACUUCACCCAGGUGCUACUGCUGGCCAGUGCUUUUGCACACGAGAAAUCCAAUGUCCGUACGGCACCGUUCAGUUAUGUGGCGAAUGAAAUGUACGAACGUGCGGACGAUGCCGGUUCGCGCCGCUUGGCGGAAGAUGGUGGACGAUGGACGAAGCACCCGGGAGGCGUUAUUCACGGAGGAGGAUUCGGAGCGAAGCUGCUCGAGCUGCUGACCGACCGCAGUGUCGCUGGUGUCCUGCUGUUUAUGUACGUCUCGGAAGGUGACAACACAACCGAGGGUCUUAUGCUAGCCCGGAUGCUCCACACGAUCAGCGGAGAACGUUUGCUGCCGGCCGGUGCACAGGAAUCCGACUUUCGGUGGCCCAAAUCAUGGCAGCAUCUCUUCGGAAGCUCCCAUCCCAGGUCCUUGUACUGAGUGCCGCAGAAGCUGCACAGGGUUUUGGUGCUGGGAUGGCCAUAUGAUGGAUUCAAUUUAAAUUUAUUCAUACUUUUCGGAUAUCACGGUUGGAUAAAAUGGAAUACAGAAGCCGAACAUUUCAUUGAAAAUAGAAAAAGUCUUAUUGCAUGUUUUUUCCUUUUGAAAUAGUAUUUUAAUGCUUAAUGCUAAAACUUAUAUGUUAUCAGGCUUAGCAGUACAACAUCUCACAAGAACGGUCCACUAGCGCUAUCUGUACAGAGAAGCUUUCUAAGCACGUUUACGAAGAAGAAUGGCUGAUGAUCGCCCGUUGGCAUCUCGCUGAUUGCAUGUUCUGUACACAGAAACACACUCAAGUUGCCGGAAGUAUUUACAGGUUGGUUAAGCAUCGGUCAGGAUAUAAUUAUCUGUACAGGAGUUAUGUACAAAGCGAAGCCAUCACACAUGUACCACGCGCCAUCUAGUACGUCUACCAUUGAACUCGUUGCCGUAAUCGAUACUUGGAUCACUAGGAUCGUUGCGUAGGAACCCAGUUGUGUUUAGUAGGAUGUAGGAUUUCUAUUUCGUUCUUAUUAGUUGCGGUAUAGCUAUUGCUUGCAGGGGACUCCAGAAAGGAAUUAUGCAGAUGAAUGUGGUUGUUGGUGUUGUUCUCAUGCCCGGCUUUUCGAUUACUCUCUCUACCAUUACCUCUUCGCUGAAAGUAGAUUCGUUUCGUUUAAAUUGCCAAAAAGGGUUCCCAAAACAUUAAAUCAUUGUUCCACCAAAAACUCCUCUCGCCUUUUUUUUUACUUUCGUUUCUGUUAAUUUAAAUUUCAAAUAUUGCACUUUUGAGUAAGCAACAGCCAUGUUUCCUUCGGUUACCUUCUUCGUCAUCGUAACGUAAAUCGUUUUCGUCUUCCAGUUUCCUAAAGUGUUGGUGGUAUAAAUUUUGUUUGUCCGACGAUUCAUUUUCUCCCUAAAAAUCUGUAUACAUAUCCAUAUAUCAGAGGUAAUGUCAAGUUCUCCAAAAAGCUCUUCAGUACAAUCUUCUAUUAUACUCCGUUUAGCGAUUUCAAUAAUUUUGUAUCCCUUUCUCCCUUAUUUUGUUCAUGCUUUUUACUCACUUUCACAACACUUGCUUAAGUCAUAUACAGCCAGAGCACAACAGACACCCAAAAAGGUUAACAGAAAACAUUCAAACCCGCAAUCUGUGGGUGAAGGUGCUGCUUUCCACCAAAACUGUUAUCACUCGCGAUCGCAUACAUGAUCAUCAUCGUUAUGAUCGGCUCCUAAUCUGAAGGACAGGAUAGGUAUGCAGCUGCUUGUCCUGCUCACUGUAUAAAUACCAAAUCGCGUACAAAAAUAUAACUUCUUCCUUCCUUUAUUGCCCCCUUCAGCUAACGGCUUCGUUCAGUGUUGAUUAGUAGUCUUGCACUUCUGCACCUUCACAAAAAAUGCUGUAAAUUUUCCUCUUUUGACUCCCUCUCAGGUUGGGCGAUUCAGUCAGUAUGCCUCUUGAGCCCUACACUGGAACGUUACUGGAUAAAUAUAGACACUCACUAGCUCCAAUGAUUGAUAUAGGGUUCCAUGUUUGGUUGUUCGUUCUCUAGUUAGAUAGUUUAUCGGUUGCUUACUGUCUGUGGGUUUCUACUCAUCUUAACACUACCUAUUUACAUUUGUACAGGUGCAAACAUCUGCAUGUGAUCGUAUGCACCUGUUUUUUUUAACUGGGACGCGUUUCUUUGCCGUGCUCGUAUGUACAAGGAAUCAUGGGAUUUAAUCAAUCCCGCCUCCGAUCGAGUAUUGAACCUUACAUUGCUAACGACGACGAUAAGUAACUGUUACGUGUUAUCUAUACAUUUGUACACUCUAAACACUAGGACUACUCACUAAACGGUAUGACUUAUUGUCACUUUUCGAAAGUGAACUGCUAAAUUCUGAUUUGUAACUGAUUCUGUUCUGUAUGUUGCUACUGCUGCAUGAUAUCUCGGGUGCUCUUGGAGAGCGCGACUCUGACUGGUGUCGCAAACGGGAACUCGCGGUUUAAUGAUCCAGCGGUAUCAGUCGUAUAGUAUUAGUGCCAUCUCUUCCACCUAUCGUUGAUUGCUUUUAGCGCAUUGCUUUGGACUGUCACCUAUUAC